AAGACAAAGAAAUAGAGGCUCAUCAUGCCUUUAAUGGAUCAUCUUCUUUUUCAUUGAUUGAUUUUUUGAUUGAUUGAUUGACUGGUUGGCUAGUCCAUAAAAGAAAAGCUCAGAUUAGUUGAUCUAUAUAUUUGUCUCGUCGAUCGAUCUCGUCUCGGUGGAUGGAGGAGGCUAAGAUGGGGGACGUCGCCACGAUCCGCGCCGUGCUGUCCAUCCUACAAUGGUGGGGCUUCAACGUCACCGUCAUAAUUAUGAAUAAGUGGAUCUUCCAGGUCGCAAUUCUCUUCUCUCCUUUCCUUUGCUCUCUCUCAACGAUCCGCGCGUAUCGUCAAGAGCGAAAGAAAUUGGAGUUCAAGUUUCCUCUUAUUGUCUCAUGUGUCCACUUUAUAUGCUCUUCGAUUGGAGCUUAUAUUGCAAUCAAAAUUCUCAAGAUGAAACCGCUGAUUGAAGUUGCCCCAGAGGAUCGCUGGAAAAGAAUAUUCCCGAUGUCAUUUGUGUUCUGCAUAAACAUUGUGCUGGGCAAUGUUAGCCUGAGAUACAUUCCAGUCUCUUUCAUGCAGACCAUCAAAUCUUUCACCCCUGCAACGACAGUUAUUCUGCAGUGGCUGGUCUGGAGAAAGUACUUCGAUUGGCGCAUUUGGGCUUCUUUGGUCCCAAUAGUGGGAGGAAUCAUGUUGACAUCAAUAACUGAGCUUAGUUUCAACAUGUUUGGCUUCUGUGCUGCUAUGGUUGGCUGCUUGGCCACAUCUACUAAGACCAUUCUGGCAGAGUCCCUACUCCAUGGGUACAAAUUUGAUAGCAUUAACACAGUGUACUACAUGGCACCCUUUGCAACGAUGAUAUUGUCAGUCCCAGCAAUCGUGCUCGAAGGGAGUGGUGUGAUCAACUGGCUCUACACGUAUGAUUCCAUCGUCCCUGCACUGAUCAUCAUCACCACCUCCGGAGUGCUCGCAUUCUGCCUCAACUUCUCCAUCUUCUACGUCAUCCAUUCCACCACAGCAGUCACCUUCAACGUAGCCGGCAACUUGAAAGUGGCUGUGGCUGUGCUGGUCUCCUGGAUGAUCUUCCGGAACCCGAUCCCGGCAAUGAACGCUUGUGGGUGCGGAAUCACGCUCAUCGGCUGCACCUUCUAUGGCUAUGUGAGGCAUCUCAUAUCGCAGCAGGUCGUGAACCCAAGCCCACGCACACCCAGGAGCCGGAUGGAGAUGCUUCCCCUUGUAGGCGACAAGCAAGAGAAGAAUUAAUUUAGUUCAUACUCAUCAGUCGAGGGAAGGGGUUGUUUAUGAUCAAUAGGAAUAAAGGAGCAUCUAACAGCUUUCAGGAUUGAUCUUGACGCACUUUUGGCAUACUAGAAUAGAAACUUCAGAGUCUCAGUUGAGUUGGUAUAGAGCUAAUCUUGUUAAUCUGAACAAGCUCUUUUCUUUACUUUUUCUCACAGGAUUAAAAUGUUGUUUUUCUUGGUUGCUAGUGAUUAUGCUAUACAUUUGAUCGUCCAGUUGACUUUAUAUAGAUAUUAUAUUAUUGCGCUAUAGAAAACUAUAGUUUUUUUUGGCAUUAUGGCCUUUUGUUUUGUUAUUUGCGUCUCUGUUGCUCAAUAACGAAGUGUUGAACUGUAAGGAGUUUUUGCGGUAAGCAUCCAAUUCAAUUACUCAG